AUGGGUACAAAAGAAUUAGAGAAAUCUACAAAAAUCAAAAUAUUUAAGGAACUAGCAACAAAUACAGAAUUAUUAGAAAAUGGUAAACCACUAAAAUCUGAAGUCGAACUUUCUGUCGAAAUGUCAAGGAUUAUGAGUAACAAAUUGGGUAAUGGAUCAUCACUGGAUUCUUUAGUGCAGCAUGUAUAUAACUUAGACAAACCAUGCAACGCAACUUUAAGCACAGCUACAAUAGACCCGAUGGAAAAUAAACUCGAAAGGGAAUAUAGAAAAAUAUUUUCAAAUCAAUCUAAAGAUUGUCCAUGCAAUAAAAAAAUCUCGGCAGCAAAUAGCGAUUCUUUGUUACGACGUUUUGAAGCGUUAAGACGCGAUAUGACGUUAAAAGAUGAAUUAAAAAAGAAUAUAUCAAAAACAUCAAGCCCAGCCAAUGAACCUAAAUAUAAAGAUGUCUCUGUGGACUCAGACGGUGCUUCGUUGCCAGAAUGUGACGACAAAAAAAUUAUCACCCCAAUUUCAAGUGACUAUUCUGUAAAGUAUAAAAAGGAGAAAAGUAAAAAGAAAAGCAAUGCAAAACUACAAAAAAGUUCGUAUUGGCGACGUUCAGAUAUUGAUAGUGACCAUCAAACUAAAGGAAGAUUUAAAUUGUGGGGAAGAAAGAUAAGCACAGACGAUGGAUCUCACAAGAAGAGCAAAAUAAAAUGUUCCGAUGGUAAGAAAAAAUCUGAAGCUAGCGUGAAAUUUUCAAAACUUUUGAAAAGUAAAUCGUCGGUUAAAAAGGAAGGGAAAAAAUUCCGCUUCUUUAAAAAGAAAAUAAAGGCCGCUCCGAGAUCGAGAACUGACGUAAUGACUGGGAGAUGUGAGGUACGAGAAGGAAUGUCGAUACAGAUCGGAAAAGGAUUAUUACCUCAAGACUAUAAUAAGAACGCAAUACAAAAAUUUCGUCUUAAAUAUGAAGAUAAGUUAUUAAAUGCAUGGAUUAGAAAUUUUUUAACGAAAUCAGAUGAGCCCAGAAAAGAACGAAGUGCAAAAUACAGUAGUAGUGUGGAAAGUAAUUGCAGUAGCUCUACUGAUAUAGGAGAAAACAGUUCUUCUGAGACAGAUAUACAGUUCACCACGACCGCCACGGUCACAAAUAACUCUUCAUUUCAUAAAGUAAAUGAAAGCCCAUUCAUGAACUUCUCAAAUCAAUAUAUUCAAGCUUGGAUGUUAACGAAAACCAUAUUGGAUAGGUUAGUUAAACCUAAAAUAUAUUGGAAUGCUAGAACUGACAAAUAUAUGAAUCCGAAAAAUGACGGUCCUCCAAACAAUGAUACGAAUAUAAAAGAGAAAAUUAACCCGAAGCCCAAAAGCGUAAAGGUUGACAUUUCCUUAGGAUGCAUGAGUGAACUUAUCCAUCAAUCUUUUGCAAUGCAAAGUAACGAAGAAGUAUGCAAAAUAAUUGAUUAUGAAACACCCCGACAAAGUACAGCAAAUACAUGCAAGCAAAACAUUGAAAAAGAAAAAUGUUGUAAUGAAACUAUAAGUGAAAUUUGCAUGAAAGAUAUUACAAAUUGCAGGUUUAACGAUACGGGGGAUUUUAAAAAAAUUAAAAGAUCCUACAGUGCCGAUAUAUUUCAGGAAAAUAAAUUAGACGCUCCCAAAACGUGUAAGGCUGUCGGAAUAGAAAUUGCCACACAGAAGAAUUUAAGAAAAUUAAACUAUCCCGUAUAUGAUAUUAGUACCGAAAGUGGAGAUGAUUUAGAAGGAACCGUGUAUUUACUGCCAAAAACUUACAAACAUUCAGACGCUUAUCUCCAGAAAUGUUAUCAUAACUGGAACCCAUUAGAUCUAGAUUUAUGGUGUAUAAGUGAUGCCAACUUACCGCCAUCUUAUAAUACCAAUAAAGAUUUAAAUUUUAAAUCGUACUCAAACAUGACCGAUGAUAUUCAGUACACAACCCUAGUGUCAUCCUGUGAAACAUUCGGAAACUGUGGAAAGGACAAGCGUAAAAAAUCUUUGUUAAAAAAUCACAAUAACGAUUAUCUGAAUAAUAACAUCGGAAUUCGCAUCACGCCGAAAGAUUCAUUAGAAGUAUGUAAGAAAAGAAAACUAUACUCCGACAGCAAUAAGGGAAGGUGGAAACAUGACGAUCUCUCUAUUUCGAUGUCGAGCUCAACAAAAUCAAAAAAUCAUUUUAGAAAAUUAAUAUCUCUUAAACCAAACAAAAAACGUGUCACAAUUUCUAAUUACGAGGUUGACAAGGAAUCAAAACCAUUAAUAAAAGAAAACGAUUUAAGAAAUAAGAACUUACAAUGUUUAUCUUCUUCCUGCCAUGUUCCAGAUUCUAUUCAAACAGGCAGAAAACUUCCUCCGAAACUGGAGAAAAAACCAACUCGUCAAAACAUUGCUAUCACAGCAACUAGUUCAGAUAUGACAAAUAGAACAUCAAACAAACCUUGCGAUAAUGCUGAGGUUAAAUGUUUAAAAAGCGCCUCAAAGGACCAUUUACUAAGUAUUACUGACAGUUGUAUAACAUAUUGGAAAAAGCACUUGUGUUGUGAUAAUGCAUUAGAGGAAAGGAAAAAAACUUGUGAAAAAAUUAAUGACACGAAAUCAGGUUUCUUCUCAGAUUAUUUCAAUCCGAGUAGUCUAAUAAAAAAUAAGUAUCAUAGCAUAUGUCGUAAAUUUGUCAUAGAUAAAAAGCCUUCAGAUGAAUUUGUCAAAAACAGUCAGAACUCAAAAUGUCGCCCGCAACAUUCUAACUCAAAUUUAAGAGAACAGAUCAAGUCAGAAUAUAAAAAGUGUGCUAUCACCACUGACGUUCAAAAACUUUCAACAUUACCUACUUCUGUUGAAGAUAAAUCAUGUGAAGCGCCCGGAACUGAUUUAGAUAUGAAUAAAAAGGGAAGGUUAAUAGGAUUACAUUUUAAAAAGCAGCCAUUAAGGAAAAGUGUGUCGAGGGCGUGUUGGACAACAGGUGACAAGCUCGAGUGUAAUGAUGGUAACUCGACCGAUACUACUACAAAGGUGUCAAGUAAAGAAACCACUGGAAUAACCCAGAAAUGUCCCCCCACGACUCACACGGUAAGCAAAAAUACUAACAAAGAAAUUAAAAAUAUCAUAGUUAACAAGGAUAUUAAUAAUGUCGGUGACAAUAACAAAGAUAAUGAUGAUAAGAAUAAAUGUACACCCUGUAUUAUAGAAAUCCAACCAAAUACAGAAAUAACAUCAGAAUCUGGAAAAAGAAUUUGCCUUGGUAUAGAUACAUGUAACGAUGAACAAGAUAAUGAUAAAAGUGACUGUGAUUUUAUAGAAAUUGUAUUCAAAAUAAGAUGUAAACAUGGCGAAGAUAGAGCAAUGAUUGUAAAUAUUAAAGAUAGUAAAGAUCGCACCAUAAAAGAUAAUAAAAUUAAUCUUUGCGAAAGAGACAGCGACAUCAACAGUAAAAAUAAAGAGGUAUAUUUAUUUCAAAAAGAUUCCGGAAACUCAAUUUUACGCAAAAACAGUAAAAAUGGCAUGAAUGUUAAAAUUUUAAUUAAAAACUGCAAAAACGAGGAAUUAAACAAAAGGAAAGAUAUUAAAGGUAACAGUAAUCUUUCGAUCAGUUCUAAAAGAAUAACGGAAAAAGUUGAAAGUAUUUCAUCAGAAACAAUCAAGCCUGUAAAUAAUUAUGCUUAUUCGGUACAUAAAUUUACUAUUGAUUUGACAAAGUCCAUUAAAAGUAAUAAUGCAUCUAAAGAAAACUAUCCAAUGUUUCAUUCAAGUAACAAAGGUACCGUCAUGAGCGAAUCUGACUUUAAAAAGAAACCCACCAUAGAUAGUACUGAAAUAAGUAAUAAUUGUAGUAAUGGAAAGAUUAAAUAUUACAAUAACAGCAAAACUAACGAUAGUCGCAAAUCAAAACAUCAUAGGAAUAAAAUAAAAAACGAAAAAUUGUAUUACAGCAGCGCUACUCUUAGACCUUACAGACGUUACAGUUUGACAAAACAAAUAUCCAAUUACAAACACCUAAAAAAUAAAGUUAUACAAAAAAUUGUAGAUUGUGCAAAAGAUUUUAACAAAGGCAUGAAAAAAGAGAAACGAAUAAGGAAAGGUUCAAGUGAGAUGCCUUCAUUGAAUUAUAGUAACAGAAAUUUUAUCGAUCAAAACGUUAACAGACUAUCAAAAGAAAUUAAAGCAUCUACAUUGUACUCACAUUUCCUUAAUGCCACAAGUUCAUACGGUUAUUGCCAUUUUGAUAGAGUUGUCCGUGUAAGACCAAAGAGUAAUGUCAAUAAUUACCUCUUUACUGUUCAAACAAAAGACAGGCAUAAACAAUUAAAUCCAUCAUACAGUUUAAAAGAAUACGAGAAAAGGAAAAAACAUACUAAAAUACUUGCAACAAAACUAGGACUUACAGACAUAAGAAGACAAGCACGUCGAACUGUACGGAAUUGUCAGAAUUAUCAUCGCCGCAUUGAGAAUAUUAAAAGAUUGAAUCAGUCUUUUGAUAAGAAUGAUCAUUUAGACUUUUUAUACGAUUUUUCCAAUUGCGAUAUAGACAGACAAUGUGAAUUAAGUUCAUAUAUAAGACAGAAAUAUAAGGAUAAGAAUGCAACGCAGACAGAUCAUCCGAAAGAGACAAAUGACAAAAUGUUUUUCUACGAACCUUUCGUCAUUGGAAACAGACAUUUAAAUACAUUAAAAGAAUUAAAUCAGAGCAAAAAAGACAUACACAAAGUUAAAAAUCAGCGCGACCUACAGUGGAAAGCUGGUGGCAGCUUCGGCUAA